CACCCCCACCACCCCCACCCCCUGGGCACCAUGAACACCAACGUGUGCGUGGAGACGGGGCCCACUGCCGAGGCGCCGGGCCUGCCCAAGGAGAACCACCUGCCCGACGGCGCCCUCAACAGCCUUGUGGAUUACAACUCGGAGAUGGAGAGGUACCGCUCCUUCGCCACCUUCUACAAGACCAACGGCGGCGCGUUCCCGCAGGCGGCCAAGAUCGCGCGCAUCACCACCCCCAUCUUCCCCAGCGCCGCCGCCGCCGCCGCCGCGCGCAUCGGCAUGUCGCCCUGGAACUGCGACACGGCCACGGCCGCCGCCGCCACCGCCAUGCUGUGGGGCAGCGGCGCGGGCGGCGGCGGCGCGGGCGUCGGAGGCCCCGCCAACCCCGCGGCGGCCGUCGCCGGCGGCGUGGCGGCCCGCAAAGCCGCCGCCGCCGCCUCCUCCGCGGCCGCCGCCGCAGCAGCAGCUGCAGCCGCCGUGGUGUCGUCGUCGUCGUCGUCGUCGGUGACCGCCUCGUCGCUGCACGCCGCCGGCAGGAGCAGCAGCGGCGGCGCCGGGGGCAGCGGCCUCCACCACCGCGGCGACUCGCAGCAGCGCCUGGGCAAGCCGGGGGGCUGCACGCCGGCCGAGCAAGCCUCGUUGCAAAUGGCCAACAACAAUUUCCUCUCCACCUUGGCGCCCGAGCACUGCAGACCUUUGGCGGGGGAAUGCAUGAACAAGCUCAAAUGCGGCGCCGCCGAAGCGGAGAUAAUGAAUCUCCCCGAGCGCGUGGGGACUUUUUCCGCUAUCCCGGCUUUAGGGGGCAUCUCAUUACCUCCCGGGGUCAUCGUCAUGACAGCCCUGCACUCCCCCGCCGCAGCCUCCGCAGCCGUCACAGACAGCGCGUUUCAAAUUGCCAAUCUGGCAGACUGCCCGCAGAGCCAUUCCUCCUCCUCGUCGUCCUCCUCCUCCCUGGGAGCCGCCGGAGGAGGAGGAGGGGGAGGCGGAGGAGGAGGAGGAGGAGGAGGAGGCGGGGGAGGCGGAGGCGGAGGAGGGGCAGGCAACCCUGCCAAGAAGAAGAGGAAAAGGUGCGGGGUGUGCGUGCCCUGCAAGAGGCUCAUCAACUGUGGCGUGUGCAGCAGUUGCAGGAACCGCAAAACGGGACACCAGAUCUGCAAAUUUAGGAAAUGUGAAGAGCUAAAGAAAAAACCUGGCACUUCGCUAGAGAGAACACCAGUUCCCAGCGCCGAAGCAUUCCGAUGGUUCUUUUAAGCAGUAGUAUUAUCUUAUUUUCAAGGCAGCCUGAAGUGAAUGGCAAGCUAAGGUCUUGUUUUAAGAAACUGCUUAGUCCACCACUGAAGAAUAUAUUCAGAUAACUAUUUUCAUUUAUGUAUAGGGGUUUCCUCAAAAACAAAAAACAAAAAAAACAAAUUAUGAACUAGGA